GACGGAGACAUAGAGAGAGAGAGAGAGACGCAAGAAGGGGGAGAGAAGGAGAGAGAAUUCAGGGGAAGACAAGGACAUCAUGGUUUCAAUCACGGAGACUCAGAAGAUUGGUGUUGGUCUCACAGGCUUUGGCCUCUUCUUCCUGCUCUUUGGCGUGCUGCUGUACUUUGACUCUGUCUUGCUGGCAUUUGGGAAUGUUCUGUUUCUGGCUGGUCUGACGUUCAUCAUUGGCCUGAGGAGGACGGCCGGCUUCUUCUUCCAGAGACAGAAGCUCAGAGGCUCCACCUUCUUCCUGGGAGGCGUGGCCUUGGUGCUGUUCCGCUGGCCAAUCAUCGGCAUGGCCGUGGAGAGCUACGGCUUUGUGCUCCUGUUCAGGUCAUUCUUCCCUGUGGCGUGUGGAUUCAUUUUAUCGUUGGUGAAUAUACCCUAUCUCAAUGUGUUGUACAACAACUUCCUAGGAAGUAGCCCUUCUAUUGUCUGAGGAAAGGGAGAGAGAGAAGCCGAAAAAGAAGAGGAAUGGAGGAAUGGAAGUGAUGGAUGACAAAAGGUGAAGUGUAUUUGGGCUCAGACUGGCUAUAACCUUUGACAGAGACUGAUGGAGCGGGGAGGUAGUUUAGAGCCUUCCCCCAUCACCAACCAUGAACCAACCGAUGGACUCUUCUUCUUGAAAUGUUUACAUAAAACAUGAACCACCAAAUACAUGAUGUGUGGCAAUGACUAGCUGCCAUACCACUAAUGCACAUGGUUGGGAGUAAACGAUUACAUGUAAUCAAUGACGUAAUAAUUUACAAGAAACUGUGACUGCAAUCAGUUACGUUACAAGCAGAAAUAUUGUAAUCAGAUUACAGAUACUUUUGAAAAACGAGUUGUUUAGUUCUUGGAUUACCUUUACAUUUAGAAAGGAUGUUUGUGGAAAAAAACUACAUUGACACCUUUCUGUUUUCUCAAUUCAGCAUUGACAAAAAGGCACGUUUAAGUUUCUUCAGCCUGAGAGAGUCUGACCACAAGUCAGAGACAACUAUGAUGACACACUAAAUGUGUUUGAUGGAUCCUUUUUGUCUUCUUCUAAUGCCUCUUUAGAGGAAAGCAAUCAAAAAGCAACUGAAAGUUAUCAGAUUAUUACUGAGUUUGGGUAAUCAUUUAGAAAGUAACCUAUCCUACCCUACUUAUGUAUUUAUAAUAAAACCAUAUUUUUGAUCUAC